AUGGAUUAUAAUGAAAUCUGGCCAUAUACCCUACAAUCAACCAUUCUUCUGAUUCUUUUCAUCGUUUGGAUGAUUAUCGGUGUGUUUGUGGCAAGGGAGGUGCUGUUAGUACUGCUCGAUCAUCGAAAGAUUAAGAGGAAACCGAUUCAGAAAAAGUCGUAUAAUGGAGCAUACAGUGUGAAGAAAAAACGAUAUGUGAAAGAUAGAAAUUAUCAACCUGUGGCAAAUGGAGGAAACGAGAUUGUGUGA